AUGGAAAAAGGACAAGAUGGUGCCUUGUUUUACACAUUUACAGACAAGGCAACUCAUGAAGAAGAGGAAGAAACUCAGCAACAGCCUGCUAAACAAGAAGAAACUAAAGAAGAACCAGUACAUGAGCCGCAAUCUUUCGAAAUGGUUUAUAACCCAAGAUUUGGAGUUAGAAUACCUCAAGAUAGGUUUUUAAGAUUUGGUAAAACAAGAAAAUCUACUCCACAGCAAAACAACCAAAAUACGACAAUUCAACAAAAAUCAGAACAGCCAAGAGAAGAAGAGCCUAAGCCUGUUUCAGAACCAAAACCAGUUCAGCAGCCUCCACAACGUAAAUCUCCUCGUCAAGCAGAAACUCAAGAAGUUAAAGUAGAAAAGAAAGAAGAAAAUAACGAAUCAUCUCUUCCUGCCUUAAAGCCUAAACCAAAAACAGCGAGACGAUCUUAUACAUCACCUAUCAAGAAACCUGCUUACAAAAAACCAGUGUUAUCUGCUCGUCAAAAACGCGAAUUACGAAAAGAAAAAAUUUCAAACGAAGUACUUGAGCAUCCUAUGUGUAUUCCAUCAGCACCUAAAGAUCUUGCUUUGCUCCUCGAAAGACUCGAAAUAGACUUAGAAAAAGCAUUAGAUUUAGAAAGAUAUUUAGAAGUUGAAAAAAUCUCACGAAUCAUGAACUCAGCUGAAAUCAAACUCGAAAAAGCAAAUAAAGACAAAGAGAAUCAAAGAUAUUUAAAGAUUGCUAAUACCCACAAUUCGUUAUGUGCCAUUGCAAGUUCUAAAGUGGAGCAAUGGAAUAACAAAUAUGACGCAUUUGCUGAAAAAGUCAAAAAACAUAUAAAUGAAGUAAAUUCGAAGAAUAAGAAAGAAUUAGCUGAAUUUGAUGAAACAGCUCCUGAACCAAUACCUAAGAAAUACUCAUUAGUUGCAGAUAAGAUAACACGCUUACGUCAAAAGCAAAUGAAAGCAGCAAUGAGGUUAGAUUUCGAAAAAGCUCUGAUUUAUAAAAUCGAAGCUGACGAACUUGAUUCCGUCGAUGAGUCUGUUGCUUAUGAUAAGAAAAUACGAGAAUUUCUUAAGAAACGCGAGUUCUUAAUCAAACAACAGCAAAAACGUAUUGAUACUGUAAUUAUGCAUGCCCAAUCACGUCAAUUUAUCAUGAUCAAGGAAAGACAGAACUUAAUUACAGGAUACGGAGCAAGAAUCGAAAAUAUUGAACAAGAUCUUGAAAAUCACCUUCUUAAAGGCGAUUUUACUCUUGAUGAAAUUGAAGAUGCUCGCGUAUAUGAUGAAGGAGAAUCUUUAAUGCUAUCGCUUCGUGAAACAAAAGCACCAAUCAAAAAUAAUUAA